CCCGCGCACUCUUGGCAAAGUUUCAGUGCAACGAGAGGCGCCGGGCGCUCCAUGGCCGCGCCGUAACAGGGUCCCAGCCGCCUCCCCGCCCAGCCCAGCCCAGCCCUUCCGCCCGCCCAGGAUGGAGGCGCCCGCCAGCGCGCAGACCCCGCACCCGCACGAGCCCAUCAGCUUCGGCAUCGACCAGAUCCUCAACAGCCCGGACCAGGACAGCGCACCAGCCCCGCGGGGCCCCGACGGCGCCAGCUACCUGGGAGGGCCCCCCGGGGGCCGUCCGGGCGCCACGUACCCGUCUCUACCCGCCUCCUUUGCCGGCCUCGGCGCGCCCUUCGAGGACCCGGGAUCUUACAGUGUCAACCUGAGCCUGGCGCCCGCUGGCGUGAUCCGAGUGCCAGCGCACAGGCCGCUGCCCGGGGCCGUGCCACCGCCUCUGCCUAGCGCGCUGCCCGCCAUGCCCUCCGUGCCCACGGUCUCCAGCCUGGGCGGCCUCAAUUUCCCCUGGAUGGAGAGCAGCCGCCGCUUCGUGAAAGACCGCUUCACAGCGGCGGCGGCGCUCACGCCCUUCACCGUGACCCGGCGCAUCGGCCACCCCUACCAGAACAGGACGCCGCCCAAGCGUAAGAAGCCGCGCACGUCCUUUUCUCGAGUGCAGAUCUGUGAGCUGGAAAAGCGCUUUCACCGCCAGAAGUACCUGGCCUCGGCCGAGAGGGCGGCGCUCGCCAAGUCGCUCAAAAUGACGGACGCGCAGGUCAAGACCUGGUUUCAAAACCGGAGGACCAAGUGGCGGCGGCAGACGGCGGAGGAGCGGGAGGCGGAGCGGCAGCAGGCGAGCCGGCUCAUGCUGCAGCUGCAACACGACGCCUUCCAAAAGAGCCUCAACGAUUCCAUCCAGCCCGACCCUCUCUGUCUGCACAACUCGUCGCUCUUUGCUCUGCAGAAUCUGCAGCCCUGGGAGGAGGACAGCUCCAAGGUCCCCGCCGUCACCUCUCUGGUGUGAGCCACCAACGCACACAGUCUUCGUGGAUCGCCGCCCUUACCCGGCGGGGUGCCCCGGGCCCCCAGCCGGGCUGGGGUGGGGGGGGGGCCCGAGGCCGAGAGGGACAGGGGCCUCCGAGCUCGACUAGGCCCCGGGGCGCGGCCGCAUCUCCACCGGCCGCGGAGGGGGCUGGGCCCGGGCUCCGCGCGGCUGCACAAUCCGAGCCCCCGCCCGGCGCCCAGUCCCGCCCCAGGCCCAGGCCUGACAAAGAAAGCGCCUUACGUUUCUCCGCCCCUCGCCCGCACCCCCCGGGCCGGG